AGAACGACCGGUAGUUUCGCCGGUGGAACUGCCACCUAACAGUAACAUCAGUUUUUUUCAUUUGCUAAAUAAUAAAUGGAAAAUAAAUGAAAAAAGAGAGAGAGAGAGAAAAUGGAAAACCAAAACAAAAGAAGAAAACAUCCAAAAAGGUACGAAAAGGAAAAGAGAAUUUAUUAUCUGAUAAACACAAUCCAAAAAAUCACCUUAAACUUGCCAUUUCUUAUAUCUGUUUUCAUUUUUCCAAGUGAAAAUCUUCAUCUCCGGUGGUUGUGAAUAUGAGAGGAGCGACAAGCUCUGGUGGUGCUGAUGAUGAUGGCAUGGCCGAUCCUACUCGUGCUAGAAGGAAUUCCAGGAAACCCAAAUAUUCUAGGUUCUCGCAGCAAGAGCUUCCUGCCUGCAAACCAAUUUUAACGCCAGGAUGGGUUAUUGCAACAUUCGUUGGUGUUGGCAUUAUUUUCAUCCCCAUUGGCCUCGUUUCUUUGUUUGCUUCAGAACAUGUGGUGGAAAUUGUGGAUCGCUAUGACACGGUUUGCAUUCCUACCAAUUAUGAAAAUGAUACCCUCCAAUACAUCCAGAGCAGUAAAACGAACAAGACCUGUACCAGGACCAUAACUGUUCCAAAGCAAAUGAAAAGUCCUGUUUUUAUCUAUUAUGAGCUGGAUAACUUCUAUCAGAACCAUCGUCGAUAUGUUAAAAGUCGAAGUGACAAGCAGUUGCGCAGCAAGGCAGGUGAGAGAGACACAGAUAACUGUAAACCUGAAGCACUCACACCAACUAAUGCCCCAAUAGUUCCUUGUGGCCUUGUCGCAUGGAGUUUAUUCAAUGACACUUACGGAUUUUCUCUGAAAAACAAGGCCUUAGAUGUCAGCAAAAAAAAUAUAGCAUGGAAAAGUGACCAAGAUUAUAAAUUUGGGUCUGAUGUCUAUCCUAAAAAUUUCCAGAGUGGAGGUUUAAUUGGAGGUGCAAAACUCAAUUCAAGCAUACCUUUGAAUGAACAAGAGGAUCUUAUUGUUUGGAUGCGUACUGCAGCACUGCCAAAUUUCAGAAAACUUUAUGGAAGGAUUGAAGCGGACCUUGAGGCUAAUGAUAUAAUUACAGUUACUAUACAGAAUAAUUAUAAUACUUACAGUUUUGGAGGUAAAAAAAAGCUGGUCCUUUCAACCACGAGUUGGAUAGGUGGAAAAAAUGAUUUCCUGGGCAGAGCAUAUCUUACCGUUGGGGGAUUCUGCUUGUUCAUGGCAAUAAGCUUCAUACUUGUAUACGUGAUCAAGCCCAGGCCUCUUGGUGACCCAUCCUACUUGUCUUGGAACAAGAAUCCAAUAGGACAACUGAAUUAGAACUCAAAACUACUUUCUGCUCUUUCCAAGUUGACCUCAACAUGCUUGGUUCGAGAAAGUCUGUCGAGGAGCAGGGAGCUCUGCAAUGAUUCAAUAGUAAGGUGGCAGUAACUAGCAUAGCUAGCUUCAGUUUCAUUGUUGCUUUGUAACAAACAAUCCUAGUUAGAGUGGUAAAUGAGUUUUAAGACUUGUUUUAUUUAUUCUAGGUAUCCAUGAGGCAGCAAAAGUAGUAGAUUUAGAGCCGGAAUUAUUUGCCCACUUUAUGUUGUCCUGUUCUUUUAAUUUUCUUUAGUGCAUCAGAAAGGAGAGGGAACUGAAUUUCCCACAACCUUAAUACUUGUAGGAAUAGAGAAUCCUUGGAGGACAAACAAUUUUUGCAUUUUAAGUUUUUACUAACAAAGGGAGGAAAUUGUUCAGGUUAUUUCUUUUAA